UGACGUGAUAAAGGGUAACACUAAAACGCGAAUGGUGUAACGUGAAGAUGGACAGAUUAAAUAUGAAUAUGCUAUAUAUGGUCAUCACGAAGACGGACACACAUUUAUGACUCAGAGAUUACUUAACUAGAUUUGUCUGUUAUAUUAUGAUUUAUAAAAGUUAUAAUUUAACUGACAUUGGAAGAUAUGGAUUUCAAAUAUGCUUAUAUUUGCUUAUUUGUGUGUAGUUUAUAUAAAUUUGGACAAACUGAAAUAGCCUGUGGGCACCUCAAGGUCGUGUAUGAAUACAAAGCGAACUCAGUUGAUUGCAGAAUUCGUUUAUACCCGAGUAACGAACUCAAACCUUUCAUUGAAGAAUCUCACCACUACCGAUGGAUAGUAACCAGAAAUAUUUCAUCGUCUACAGUAUCAGAAAUAAUUCUUCAGAAAAACAGCGAUACAUUCAAAUACAACAAAACGAAGUACAACGAAGAAGACUAUACGUUGCUUAUUCGUAAUUUGAACCCUCUUGAUGUUGGGCGAUAUGAAGUCGAGUGCUGGACAAGACAAAACAUUUUUUACAAUAGUGACAAAGUCAUGGUCAUAUUACCCGAACCACCGACACACACGCCAGGUUCGAAGCCCACAGCGUCUUCAUUAGUAGCAGAUUCAGGUAUUGGAAGCACUGCCAUAAUUGUGACCUCAAUCUGUGCUGUUGUCAUAGUGGCGAUUAUUUCUGGGAUUGUUUACCUCGUAUUUUGUAAACAACGCGGAGGAAAUCAAGGGACCAAACGCUUAGUUAGUGACGAAGGAACAUCAGCAACUGGUCAAGAACACCAUGUAUGCCACGAAGACCCUUUAUCUAUGUAUAAUGAAAUUGACACUGGCGAAUUGGUUUUAGACUAUGCGAAAGUAGAGAAGAUGCAAGUGAAUCCCGUUCAUGGACUAUCAAAAGAGAUGUUUGUUGCUUCACAACAGUUUCAUACAGGGGUUGCUAUAGCGUCAGAUGAAGGCGAGUACGAUUUAGUAAACGUAAAUGACGCAUUUGUUGGCGAAACAGACAACGUUGAAGUUGAGUAUGCAGACAUUCUUGUCGACCUUCCAGAUACUGCAGUUAAAGCCAUCGAAGCUGAAGAGGAAAACAAUUACGAAUAUGUUAAAACGGCAACUCGUGAUGAAACUAUUCUAAAUAUUCAUGACAGCAAGAAAGAUACUGUUGAAAAUGAAACAAAAGACAUGAACUUGGAUGCACAAGAUAAAAACAUUAAUGCUGAUGUCUACGCAAAGGUUUCCAAAAAUAAUUCAAACAAUGAAGAGAUAAUCAAGAUUGGAAACUGUGAUACUGAAAAGCUCUACAACAUGGACUACUCCAUACAGUUUCCUAGAAUAAACUGCUCGGAGAUAACAAUGUCCCUGGAUGAAGACAGAACUGACCAGCAAGCCGAGCAAUGCCAGGAACCAGUCAUGUACUCUAACCUCGUACCCCGCCCGCACAGAGAUAAGACACGUGCCAGCCGAGCAAGCCGUAGAGAACUUCAGUACGCUGUUUUAGACUUACCUGAUCAGGAUUUAGAGUCGGAUGUAGACAAGGAAAAAGAGUUAAUUAUUCAUGCAAAGUUUCAACCGUGUCAUUACGAUGCCAUUGACUUUGAUAGAAAAGCUUUCAUCCCUCCAAUUAGAAAAGCUCCAUCGUCUUGGUACAGACGGAAAAAGCAAAAAGGGAAAACGAUGAGAUAAAUGGACAUUUAUCUCAUUAAACUUGUGAAAUGGACUUUUUACUUUGACUUUUGAAAUGCUCAAAUUCAAAAUGUAAAAACUGAACUGUGUAGAGAGUCUGCUUGGAUUGUACGGAAAGGUAGAGCAUGGCUCUGAUUGCAGUAUAUAAACAAACUGUUAUCAAUUAUUAUAGCGAGAGGCUUUUUGAGGGAUGGAAUAACUUGUUUCAGAGAAAUAUCUUUAUAACUGAGACUAAUUGCGAUCAAAGUUAAUUGAGAGGCGUUGCGAAAUGAAGAGUAAAUACUGACAGUAGUAUGACAGGGGCGAGAAGAGAAAGGUUUUGCUAAAAAUAGAGGAAACAAAGAAUCCCCAAAGAAAGCCCAACACGGCAAAUUGAAAAUGUUUGAGACUCGGUUUGAUUGAAUAGAGAAAAUAAGAAUCCCUAAAGAGUUAAAUUAUUUAUUGAAACAAUAAAGAGGAAAACACAAGUUGUUUAGUCAUGCAAAAUCAAAUAUGUUUAAACAUGAAAAUGAAAAAAAAAAGUUUAUAAUUACUCUAAAUUAUUAAUAAUUGAAGAAGUAAAAUCCAGCAAUAAUUUAUCAUUUAUAAUGAAUAAUUUAUGCGUACAUGUAUUAACAAUGUUUUAUUUAUGCAAAGUCAUCAAUGAUUAAAUGUGACUUCAUCAAAAUUUGGUCAUGGUUAUGCAUUAUGAAUCAAUUUUGAAUUAAUUCAUUAGUGUUUUCUUAAUUAUUUAUAUCACUUCGUAUGAUUGUGUAAGAUUGUUUUCAGUUAGCAUGUAUUAUGCAAAAUAUAAUGGAACUUCCUUUUAUUGUAAGCGUAUAUACUGUUUACAGAAAUGGGGACUAUUUUUUACAUAUACACAUGUAUUUGUUGUGUGAUAUUGUACACUUUCUUGACGAAUAAACUUUGUGUCGAUGACUG